CUGGUUGACCCCCUGCCAGGGAUCGCGCGCCACUUCCUACAGUCCUCUGUGGCGGUUGGCGAUCACUUAUUGGGCGCGGCGCUCUUAUUAGCCCCUUGUUGGGCAGGCGGCCUCGACCGGCAAACGGAGGAUGAAUGCAAAUGCAACGCAGCCGUCAGCCGUGGCUGCAUCCGGUUCUGCCGGCCAGCUUCUUGCAGUUUCUCUUUGGCAUGGCUGUUCUUGUCUUGGCCCCUUUCACCUCGGUGGGAUGGAAGUUCCGGUCCCAUGAUUUUGCGUCGUCACACUGGCAGGAUACGGUUGCGAUUCGGACCUUCCCGUCUGAUGAGAAUCGGCUGGUGUACGGAGGUACACUAGGUGAAGAAGACUGGGCCCGCAGACAAAGAAUUGGGUGUCGUAUAAUACAGAUACACGGACCAGCUGUGUGGAACAGACCCGACUGCCUCCCACAACACGAAGGUGUCAGUCGAUCGAGACAUGCAUCGUCAUACAUUGGGAAGGAAUGGCACGGAAACUCCCCAAGACUCGUGCUUCCCCCAACCCAGGCAUCACGAUGGUGGUACAAUCGUACCCCGCGAGCAGCUCUUCGAUGCACGAUACAGAUCCGAUACCGUGAAGCUGUCUCUGAUGCCAACCAAAUUCAGGUUUCCCGCGGCGAGAUCGAAGGAGCCUAAUAACUCGUGGAUAACUAAUAACAUCAGUCAGGCGGAGUCUUCGGGCACCGGCAAACACCCCGAGAGAUCGGCACCCCCGCAAUGAUGAACGUCCCAAAAGAGUCCGUGCCGCGUUACUGGGGUACUAGUUAAAUCAAGGGAAAGAGGAGCCGGCGCAGCAAGUUGAGCCUGCUGCCGCAUGUAAAUUAGGUAGGUUGAUGACUGUUGUGAGUUGAUGAGAAACCCUCCGAGGCUGCUCAUUGUGAUCGUUCCCCCAACACCAAACUGCGCUUGGAGAUCGGGUGGCUUCUCCAGAAAGGUGAUAAUCAUUCUUUAAGAUUGGCGUUCCAGAACCC